AAGUCUAGUAUUAUUAUAAUCUCAAACGAAAAAGUUCAAAUCUCAGUCUCAGAGACAGUUGUAAAAUGAUCGUUAAUGUCACUUAAAAAAAAAAGACAACUACCAAAAUUAUCAAUGGAGUAUUAUAACUUAUAAUCAUAUAGAACCACUCAACACGUUCACAUUUAAUAGCUAUGCCUAACUUGAGUAACUUCCACCAUCCUCCUUCAAUACGUGUCACUUUCUCUUGUCAUAUAUAUAUUCAUACUACACUGAAGAAAUACUCAAGUCUUCAAAAAGCAGAAAAGAUGAACAUGAAUAGCAAAGAAACACUUGUUGUACUUUUAGUGUCUUUCUUAUUCUUUUGUAGCUAUGCACAAGAUACACUUGUACCAGCUAUCAUAACAUUUGGUGACUCUGCAGUAGAUGUAGGGAAUAAUGACUACCUUCCUACUCUUUUUAAGGCUAAUUACCCUCCUUAUGGUAGAGAUUUUGUUAAUAAACAACCUACUGGGAGGUUUUGCAAUGGCAAAUUAGCUACUGAUAUUACAGCUGAAACACUUGGUUUUACGACAUUUCCACCGGCAUAUCUUAGUCCACAGGCAUCAGGGAAGAACCUCCUUAUCGGAGCAAACUUUGCUUCAGCUGCAUCUGGUUUUGAUGAAAAGGCUGCUACAUUGAAUCAUGCAAUUACAUUGCCCCAACAGUUAAGUUAUUUCAAGGAAUAUCAAGGCAAGUUGGCUCAGGUUGCUGGCAGUAAAAAAGCUGCAUCAAUUAUCAAGGAUUCUUUGUAUCUAUUGAGUGCUGGCAGCAGUGACUUUCUACAAAAUUAUUAUGUCAAUCCUUGGGUCAACAAAUUAGUCACUGUUGAUCAGUAUUCAGCUUACCUACUAGAAUCAUUCAAUAGCUUUGUUAAGGACUUGUAUGGAUUAGGAGCUAGGAAAAUUGGAGUGACUUCACUUCCGCCAUUGGGUUGUCUACCUGCUGCAAGGACUUUAUUCGGUGCCCAUGAAAGUGGUUGUGUCUCAAGAAUCAACACUGAUAUUCAAGGAUUUAACAAGAAGGUCAACUCAGCUGCAUCAAAUCUUCAAAAGCAACUUUCUGGUCUUAAGAUUGUUAUUUUUGAUAUUUACAAGCCUCUCUAUGACCUUGUUCAAAAACCUUCAGAUUUCGGUUUUGCUGAGGCAGGAAGAGGUUGCUGUGGUACAGGAACUGUAGAAACAACAUUCUUGUUGUGCAAUCAAAAAUCACCAGGAACUUGCUCUAAUGCAACACAGUAUGUUUUUUGGGACAGUGUUCAUCCUUCAGAAGCUGCUAAUCAAGUUAUAGCUGAUGCUUUACUUCUACAAGGCAUAGCUCUUAUCACAUAAUUAAGGACUCAUAAAUAUUCAUCUCUGCUAAAUCUUGUUGUGCACAAGUACAACUGCACAAUAUUACUAUUGAAGUCAUUCAAAAGUUUCCUAUUUUUCAGGAUGAUGCUACAAGAAUAUUUAUUCUAUGUACUUUAUAUCGUGCGAUGUUUCAGAUAAACUUGUUUGUAAAACACGUUAUAAUAGAUAAGUUUCUACUUGUUAUUUAUAAAUUCAUUGUUGUAUUUUUGGUAGCUUGUUUUGAACUACCAAAAAUGAAAUCAAAUCAUGGAGAAUUUAAAUCCAUGUGUAUGUUCUUCUUUUUGUUUUAAUGUGUUUCGAUGUUAUGUUUACCUUUAUAAAAGAGAUACUUCUGAGUUGAUACACAACAAA